CUAGUGACACAAUCACGCAGAGUUUCCGCAGUCACGGCGCCACUCGGGUUCAGCAACGUCUCAGACCUUGUGGUGCCCUUUUAAUUUGAAGUCCAAACUACCCUUCUGUCAUGGCAUCUCAAGUGCCAGGGUUUUCAGCUCUGACUAAACCGGGGAUUAUACCGGGUUUUAAGGUUUCUAAAGAUCAGCUGACCACCAUCGUUCCCAUUGCAGCGGCCGUGGCUCUGAGCACCUACCUGCUGACGCGCUACUUCAGUUCACAGAGCAGCCCCAAGAGCAGGGUCAACAUGACAAUCAACAAAGACAGCCCCAAAGUAGUCCACAGCUUCGACAUGGAGGACAUCGGCAACAAGGCUGUCUACUGCCGCUGCUGGAGGUCCAAGAAAUUUCCCUACUGUGACGGCGCGCACACCAAACACAAUGAGGAAACCGGCGAUAAUGUUGGACCUCUGAUCAUUAAGAAGAAAACCCCCUAAAUUUUCAGCUUGCAUCCGUGUUUUCCACCCUUGAGGAAUUUUACAUUUAUGCAUUAGGCUGACAUUUUUAUCCAAAGCUACACAUUUUAUUUUUUUACCAGUGUAUGUGUUCCCUGGGACUUGAACCCACAACCUUUUGUGCUGAUAACGCAAUGUUCUACCACUGAGCCACAGGAACACCUGGUUUAGUGUUGAAUAUCACAAUUACUGUAAUUCUCAAUGCUAAUAUUUCUCAUCUACUUGAGGACUUCCUGUAGCACUGCAGACAUGCAUCAGCAAACAUACUGUAUUUCCUGUUACCGUGUGGUUUUGCACUUGGUCUUUCUCUCCGCCUCUAACACAAACCGUAUCAUUUAAAUGUGCUUUAAAUAUACUGUAAAAUAUCUCGGCACUACAGAGCAGAUGAAUGUGAAUGAGAGGAUGUCAGAACUACUACGCACAGUUUCAUUAACAUUUCAGUGAUUAUGACUUGAACAUUUGUGCGGUUUUUACCAUAUUGGCUGUAAAAUUAAACCAGGUUCCAUGUAAAAACUGCAUAAAAAUAUAUUUUCUAUCAUGAUGUGUGAUUCGAGGCCAUGUGUAUUUUGCUGUACGAUAAAGAUGUACAUUUUGAAUAAACAUAAUUUGAAAUGUA